UAAGCGCAUGCGCGAAAAACGCGCGUAACCUCACCUCAGUUGCACAGCAACUAAACGCAGUGUUCAAUUAUUUUGUUGAUUUCCCGCGCUCUUCGUGCAAACUUGUGUCAACCCGUGUGAAAAGCAGCAAAAAGUAGACCGGUUUUCGAAGAAAACUUUGAUGCACGAGUGCAACAUUGAACAUCACUUGAUUAAUCAACAAUCUCUGAUGCACUGAACGAAAUCGCAUCCUUAAAUUCGCUGCUCGAACCAGAUUUCAGAAAGAGAGUUACUUGACAAUGUCGGUGGAUAGCGGUCAUGGGGAUUUACUUUAUACUCCACGACGAGCUCAAAAAUGUCUUUUUGCACCAUCCAACGGCGAUUCUUCCAAGAAAAAAUCAUCUCAAGACUCAAAUUUUAGCAGAAAUGUCGAAGCAAUAUCAGAAGACUCAGACUUAGGUCCGAUGUCACCGCUGGCUCUUACUGAUCGAAGUCCAAGUAUUAGCGGCAGUUCUUCAGAAAUAGAAUUUAUCUCUCCAUUUGCGACACCUGAAAAAUUGUUCCAGUUUGAUGCACUUAUAUCCUGGGAUCGCUUGACAUCAAAACGUAAAAAAGAUGAUUGUAUGUCAUCCUUCAGUUCACUCAGAAAAACCACUAGAGCCGCUAGAUAUUCAAAGUGCAAGAUUACUGACAAAUCGUCGAAAUCACUGCCAUCUUCUCCUCGUGCAUCGAUGGAACCGUUGACGCCACAGCACUCAAAGAUGAAUGUGAUAAUGAAUGAAAUAGUACCGGAAACACCUCAGCGAAGUUUUGCCACAGAGUUACAAAACCAGAGCAUCACUGAAACACCUCGAAAGAGCAGAACUCCUGAGAGUAGGCAGAUAACACCCUUGAGUUCCAUAAGUAAAACAGUCCUAUUGCCAAAGCUUCAUAGACGAAAGUCUUUCAGCGGGAUCGAAAUGACUGAAAGUUUCUCACCCGAACAAAAGGAGAACACAUUGAAGAGGCGCGCACACGAUCAAUUAACAAUGAAUCAGGCGAAAUUAUUUAAAACUGAUGAUAAUUCUGCGCCUAGAGCGAGAGCAGCGUUGUUUCAGGAGAAAAUAAACGAAUCUAGUGGCUUGAAGAAUAUUUCAUUAAGUACAAAAACUUUUUAUAGUAACAACGCGAGAACCAAGCGGCCUUUUGCUUUCGGUGAUUUUAGCGAUAGCAAUGUUAAAAAAAGACGAAGUUUACCGGUACAGAGCAUAAGUAGUAGACGUUCGUUAUUAAAGAAGCAAAAAGGUAAAAUAAAUGCCGGCGUAUUUCACGGAAUUAAAAAGCCAAAAAAGCCUAAAAUAAAAGUGGAGAUAUUGAAGACAGAAGGACAGCAUGUUACGCACAAUCUUACUGAUGCGAAUAAGAGUCCACCUGCAGAUGAUGCUCAGAUGAAUGCAAUUGUGGAGAAAGCCUCUUCGCCAGAGAUCGACGAGAAUAAACGAUUUUUUAAAACUAAGGAACCUAAACUGAUUCAGGAUGCUACAGUAAUGAUAAAUAAUAACGUUAAAUUGAAAGUAGCAGAUAAUAAAAUAACAUUGGAUCAGAAACACGUUUCUGCCACAAAAAACGUGCACAAGCAACAAGUAAAAGCUGCAACAAAUAUCUGUCUGGAUACCACAGAUCUGACUGUAGAUGAACCAGAGGUUGAAGCUACAUUGCAACAAAAUAAAGUUAAUAAUCUCCUGAAAAUAUUGGAAGAUGAUUGGGCGGACGAUGAUGAACCAAUGAAAACAUCAGCCAGUAGUGCAGUAAACACGAUUUCUCCAUUAAAAUCAACGACGAUACUAUCUAACGACGCGAUCCUGUCUCCAGCCACUGAACUCAGCAACAUGACUUCGACCAUGAACAUCAAAGAUGUUACUUCUCUAACAAAUUUUGGAAAUCUUUCGCUCGAGAACAAAAAAAAUAAUAAUGAUACCGCGAAAAGUGGAAAAGUAUUUCCGUUAUUCAACAAAGGAUAUUCUGCACCUAAUAAUAUUUUCGAAGAAACAAGUAACGCAAAUGCCACAAAAUCAACGAAAAAGAAUAUGCAAUGGCAAUUGUCUAAAAAAUGUGGCGGUGCAGAAGAUCAAUAUCAGUUAGAUGCUGGUCAAAAAUCUUUUGGUGCCACUCAAUGCCCAGAAUGUAACGUUGUGUACCAAUUAGGCGAUGCUGAAGAUGAAAAUGCUCAUUUAAAUUAUCACAAUAGUAUACAGACUUUAAAGUUCCAGGGAUGGAAAAAGGAACGUGUUUUAAUGGAGGAUCCUUUUACAUCUAGCAGAAUAAUUUUGGUCGAGCCGCACAAUUCGAAGCAACAUUGGAAGAAAAUAUCGGAGAUUUUAGCCAUUGUAGAUAGAGAUUUGGGAUUGGCGAACAUGAAUAUAUCGGAUUAUCAGAGCAAAACGAUCUUCUUGUACAUACGCGAGAAAACCAUUCUUGGAGUAUUGGUAGCGGAACCUAUUCAAACGGCGUUUCGCAUGAUUCCUGAACUAAUUGAGCUGGACUGUUGCACCGCCGAAAGCACACCUACGAAAUGCGGCAUAAAUGUCGUCUGGACAGCAAUGAGCCACCGUAAACGGGGUAUAGCCACUAAACUCGUCGAUACUCUGCGAUUAAAAUUCUUCUACGGUUACGUGAUGUCAUUGGACGAUAUAGCGUUUUCAAUACCGACCCCAAGCGGCAAGAUCUUCGCCGAGAAGUACACGAAAACGCGAAAUUUCAAAGUUUACAAUUAAGUGAACUUCAUUUAAACUUACAUUUUUUAAUGUGUUUUGUAAUAGCUUUUUUCAUUAUUGCUAAAAUAUCCAGUGGAGCAUUUAUUAUUAUAUCAUACAUUUUAUUAAGUAUUUUAUUGUAUUUUAUCUUGAUGGUUUUCUAUUUUCGUGAAAAUUUCACUAGAAAUGUUGUAAGAAAAGUAAGAUUGAUAAUCUUCUUAAUUUAUUAAUUUUCUUUUUUAAAUUGUCAAUAUAGAACUACAUUUUAUACUUAAAUUACAAUUCUAAUGAAUUGUUCUUCUUUUUAUUUUAAUACAGUAAAACAUAAGAAAAUAAAUUUAAUAUAAAGGAGUUUAGAUAUUUAAUUACAGAUUGUCUAGUUUGGAAGUAGAUAAUAAA